UUAGCACCAUGAAGCCAAUUAGCAUAAGUCAUUUGUUUCUCUCAAAAUAACUGGAAAUGCAAGAACUGCUUAAAAGGGGACAAGUGAAGGAUGUACUCCAGCAUGUUUUAUCAAAACAGCCAACAGUGGGAAUUUCACUAUGAAUAAAACCAAAGGGAAGAACAUGAAUUUCAACGCUUCAGUCAGGAUAUAUUCCUACCUGAUGUGCACCAUGUGUUUGCCUGUCUUUCAGUCUGUAUACACAACAUCUCUCCCACAUGGUUAUUGGGUUCUCUGUGUUUCAAUGGCUAUUUUGUAAACACAAAGGGCCAUAACUUAAAGUGAGCUCCACUUGGUUUGUAGCCCAGAGAUAAGAAACAUGCAGCGAACAAACAGCAUGAGGAGGAAGGCCAUGGCCAGACAACAUAAGGCUGAAGUCAUGAUUGCAGGAGAACAACUCAGGUUGAGACUCCACGACGGCAAACUGAUUAAGGACCGACGCUACCAUCUGCGCACGUAUCCCAACUGCUUCGUGGCGCAGGAGCUUAUAGACUGGCUGGUGAGCCAUAAGGAAGCUUCAGACCGAGCAACAGCUGUCUGUCUCAUGCAGCACCUCAUGGACCAUGACAUUGUUCACCACGUCUGUGAUAAAAGGUCAAUGUUCAAGGAUGCCAAACUGCUGUAUCGUUUCCGCAAGGAUGAUGGCACAUUUCCCUUCAAUACAGAAGUGAAAAUCUUUAUGCGAGGACAGCGACUGUAUGAACAUCUCAUAAUGGAAAAGAACUCCAUUCUGCAGCUGAGAGAGGAGCACGGUGUUACAUAUCAGCGCUCCUUCCCUGGCUGCCAGUUUAUCGACUGGCUCUUUCAGAAUGGAGAGGCAGAGAGCCGGUGUCGGGGCCUGGAGCUGUGCCGUGCAUUGCAGGAGAAUGGCAUCAUUCAGCACGUGGGAAAAAAGCAUGACUUCUUUGACAGCGGGCUACUCUAUCAGUUCUGCAUCAAUUUUCGACGGCGCAGGCGCCUUUCUGAACUGCUGAAUGAAAACGAGCAAGACAACGAUGAAGGCGCUGUGGUGUCGACACAUGAGGAAAACCAUCACGACAGUCCGUUUGUUGUACGUAAAAGCCCACCCCAGGAGCAAAACAGUGCUUUCCAAUCUGACGUAAAACAGGUUACCGGUGGACGUCGAGGCAGCCUGAAUUCCCUUCAGCUUCACUCUUCCGGAUUUCCACCUCUUGCUCCGCUGCCUUCAGCCUCUGUGGUGAGAUGCAAUCCUAAAUCAGUCCUUAAAAGAAAUUUUACCUGUGAUGAAUUAUUGGCACCAGGGGCACCCUUCAUCAAGAAGGUGUUAACGGUGAUAGGAGAUGCUCUGGGCUGGGGUUUUGUCGUCAGAGGAGUGUCUCCCUGUUAUGUCCAGGCUGUUGACCCUGGAAGCCCUGCUGCAGCUGCUGGAGUUAAGGUGCAGCAGUUUGUGUGCCAGGUGAAUGGCCAGUGUGUUCUUGACCUGGACUACAGAACGGUCUCCAGACUGGUGAUGACUGGACCUCGAAUUGUUGUACUGGAAGUUUUGGAGCCAAUAGAAUGAACAUAGCUGUCUAAUUAAAGUUUAAUGCUUGUUUUGGACACAACUAUAUGUGGAAUAACUGAAAAUGUUAAUGUAAGUAUUGUUAAAAUAGGACACUUUCUGAAAAUGCAUAUUCUGGAACAAUUUUCUGAAUCAUUCCAAUGCUUCAGCUCCCAACCUGAUACGACUCUACAAUAUUAACCCCCUUUCAUGAAUACACAGAAGAAGAAAAAACACAGAACUGAUGAUUCUAAGUUACUGAGGCAACUUUUUAACAGGUGCUGUUGGCAAAAUGGGACACCUUCUGACGUUACUUGCCCAUUAAGUGUGCCAUUUUAACAAUACUUAGCUGCUGUAAAGAAAACAAAGCAAACAAAAAACAAAUCUUUCCAAAAAUGUUGGAUGCAACAAGAAUAGGUGGCCUCGACUUUAAAGAACUGUACCUGCUGUGUUUCUUCUGAAUUACAGAAGAA